ACUACCUCCAGGGCUAUGCUCUUCGCGUUGAACCGCUGCGGAACGUCAGGUAACUGUUAUGUAUCAGGUUAUGACCACGCUAUAAUGUCAUAGUUGCACGUUAUUCUGGUUCAAUUCUCGGCUGCAUAUCCGCCGUCUUGGGCCGGUUGAGUAUUCGCAACGAGCUUUCUUCCUCCACAAUAUCACAAUAUCCCCCCAAUGCCCCUCCACAAUAUCGCAUUCCGCCGGGUCCAAUGAUAACAACCACAUGCACUCGUCUAGGCAGAGUCACUCACAUGAGACGAAUUGGACGUGCGAUGGCUAGACCCUAGAAUCCCAAGCUGAACCCAACUGCCACCCUAGAGUCGUAAUCCAUUUAUUCCCUCUCCUACCGUAUACUACGUAAGUGUCUCUGGGGCGUGUCUUAUAAGUACCACCAUCGUCAACUCUUUUCUGCCCCCUUAUUCUAAUAAACCAUCAUCACAACAAACUUCAAUCUUAUACAUAGCUUGAGCUACUUCCAGACUUCCUAGAGUCUCAAGCUUGAAAUCGUUUCACCCUUUUAAUUGGCAAUUCCGACAAGUAACGUCCAGUCGGAGCGCCCCUACCAAAAUCCAAAAUGGCAGAUACUCGUCAAGCCGAGAUCGAACUGAUCCGGCCAUUCGGCAAGGCUCGCUCGACUAUACAGGGCGAGCCCCUAUCCAAGGAGGAAAUCGAGAAGUACACCGAUUUCUUCAAGGCUAGUCUAUACCUCAGUCUUGGUAUGAUCUAUCUCAAGGAGAACCCUCUUCUAAGAGAACCCUUGAAAGUUGAACACAUAAAAAAGCGGCAACUGGGCCACUUCGGAUCUGCUCCCGGUCAGAUAUUCACCUAUAUGCACUUCAACAGAUUGAUCAAGAAGUAUGACCUUGACGCUAUCUUCGUCUCCGGUCCAGGUCAUGGUGCCCCCGCCGUCAUCUCUCAGGCUUAUCUUGAGGGUACCUAUUCCGAAGUCUACCCUCAGAAGUCUGAGGACCCGGAGGGCAUGCAGGUCUUCUUCAAGCAGUUUAGCUUCCCAGGAGGUGUCGGUUCACACGCAACCCCCGAGACCCCCGGUAGUCUGCAUGAAGGUGGAGAACUUGGUUACUCCAUCUCGCAUGCCUUCGGUACCGUUUUCGAUAAUCCGGAUCUAAUCACCCUUACCAUGGUCGGUGAUGGCGAAGCCGAGACCGGCCCGUUAGCUACGGCCUGGCACAGCACUAAAUUCCUGAACCCCAUCUGCGAUGGUGCAGUUCUUCCCGUUUUACACCUUAACGGUUACAAGAUCAACAAUCCCACCGUGCUCGCUCGUAUCUCGCACAAGGAGCUUGAACAGCUCUUUAUUGGUUAUGGCUGGCAGCCGUACUUCGUUGAGGGCGAAGAGCUCGAGACCAUGCACCAGGCAAUGGCCGCUACUCUUGAACAUUGUGUUCUAGAAAUCCGCAAGUAUCAGAAAGAGGCUCGUGAUUCUGGCAAGCCCUUCCGUCCACGGUGGCCUAUGAUCGUCCUACGCACACCGAAGGGUUGGACCGCUCCUCGCAAGGUCAAUGGCCACUAUCUCGGAGGCUUCUGGCGUUCUCAUCAAGUACCAAUCACUGGUACCACCACAAACCCCGCUGACCUUAAGACGCUUGAGGAAUGGAUGCGCGGAUACGAACCCGAGCGCCUCUUCGGCAAAGAAGGUAAAAUCUCGGCCGAAUUGAAGGCUCUUUGCCCCACGGGCAAUAGACGUAUGAGCGCAAACCCCAUAGCCAACGGUGGUCUACUUUCCGUGCCUCUCAAGAUGCCGAACUUUAAAGACUACGAAAUUAAGGUGGAACAGGCUGGCGCUACAGUUGAGGGCAGCAUGGCCAACUUCGCUAAGUUCCUACGUGAUAUCAUCAAGAACAACCCCAAUUCGUUCCGUCUUAUGGGCCCCGAUGAGACCGAGUCUAAUAAACUCGCCGCCGUCUACGAAGCCGGCAAGAAGGUAUGGAUGGGCGAAUACUUCGAAGAAGAUGAGGACGGUGGCAACCUUUCACCUUUCGGAAGAGUUAUGGAGAUCUUGUCCGAGCACACUUGUGAGGGUUGGUUAGAAGGUUACGUCCUAAGUGGCAGGCAUGGUAUGCUUAACAGCUACGAACCUUUCAUCCACGUCAUUGACUCCAUGGUCAACCAGCACUGCAAAUGGAUUGAAAAGUGUCUGGAGGUUGAGUGGCGUGCCAAAGUUCCCUCACUCAACAUCCUCUUGACUGCCGUCGUCUGGAGACAAGACCACAACGGCUUUACGCACCAAGAUCCUGGCUUCCUUGAUGUUGUUUGCAACAAGAGUCCGGAAGUCGUCCGUAUCUACCUCCCGCCUGAUGGAAACUGUCUACUUUCAGUCAUGGACCACUGUUUCCGAUCACAGAACUACGUGAACGUCGUCGUCGCAGACAAGCAGCCCCAUAUCCAAUACCUCACCAUGGCACAAGCUGUUGAGCACUGCACGAAAGGUAUUGGCAUCUGGCCCCAGUUCUCCACAGACGCAGGUGAAGAGCCCGAUGUCAUCAUGGCUAGCUGCGGUGAUGUCUCCACUAGCGAGUCAUUAGCCGCUAUCGAUCUCCUGCUGCAGCACUUCCCCGAUCUGAAGAUCCGUUGCGUCAACGUCGUCGAUCUGUUCAAGUUGAUCCAUCACACAGACCACCCCCACGGACUUACUGAUAAGGAUUGGGUCGCCCUAUUUACUGCUAACAAACCCAUCAUCUUUAACUUCCACUCCUACCCAUGGCUCGUCCACCGCUUGACUUACAAGCGACCGGGUAACCAGAACAUUCACGUCAGAGGUUACAAGGAGAAAGGUAACAUCGACACGCCUUUGGAACUUGCCAUCCGCAACCAGACCGACCGAUUCAGUCUGGCCAUGGACGCCAUCGACCGCAUGCCGCAACUAGGCAAUCGUGGCGCAACAGCUCGGGAUGCGCUUAAGAGCCAGCAGGUCGCUGCUUCUAACUAUUCGUUUGAGCAUGGUGUUGACCCCGAAUUCCUGAGUAAUUGGGCGUGGCCCCAGGAGACUUUGAAGGAUAGAGUAAAGAAGUUGACUCUCUCUAGCUAAAUUGGUGCGGUUAUGAUAAGUUCAUAGAUUGGGUCGGCGCUGAAAAAGGUAGCUUUGGGUUGCAUGGAUGAGUGGUGCGUUCUGGGUUUGGUUUUCGGACGGGUGUUCUGUAACUGGCUGAUGUGACAUGCGAAUUUCUUAGAUAUAUCCCUUACUUGGUCAUUAUUGAAAAUAUUUACUUACGAUACUCGAAUUUCGGCACACAGAAGAGAGUUGUGAUCCAUUUCCGUCUCACGUCUUCUGGUCGUCCAAUUCAAUUGGUUACUUCGUAAUUAACACCAAUUCAGUUAACUGGGCACUUGUAGUUGAACUCUCUAGAAAAGGGGGACUAUUAUGUCACGAAUUAGCAUGAAUCAAUAC